AUGCAGCAAAAGCAGAAGACAGCCUCCCGCAGAAUCGGGAAUGCAGUGAAUGAGUACGGUGUAAUGCACGAGGUCGGAAAAGACACAAGCCGUACAAGCGGAUACCGGGUCUUGACCAAGGUGUCCUUUGGUCCGAGCAAGAGGCGCGAGCAAACUGGCCGGUUGCAGCAGCUUGUCAAGGGUCCUCGAAUUAACUUAUUGUUCCCUGCUGCUGUGAUGACGCUGUGUUGCGACGGACCUUUUCAUGCAACACCAGGCACCGCCUUUUUGCAGACGACUCCCACGCACGCUACCGACAGCCGUGGGUCGUGUCUGCAGAUGAAGUCACAGUCCAAGCCGCGAUUGAGCAAUGUGACCGUCACCUAUCUAUCCGAGGCACGCCGACAUCGAUUCAGCCGAAACGAGCUUACUUUUGUAACAGCCAUCGACCAACUGAACGACACGAUAUUGGCCAACUUUGAAGAGGCGCCCACGCUGUUGGCUCCACCGUCCUACCUCGCCAGUACGUCGGAAUCCAGCUCCGAGGCGGCAGCACAUGGACGCUCUGACAUUGCGCCACGCUACAUCGCUUGGCAGAUCGUCCUUACGGCCUUUCUCGCUCCCGUACAAACAGAUGCAGCCGACGACCUCGACAAGGAGGAAGAAUCGGCCACAGCGCUGCUCGAAGUGCUUUACAACGUCAGACUCGUAUCUCGGCUCUUGUACUCGGUGUCCAUGUCGCUCCUUCGACCCAUGUACUUUCCCGAGUACCUCAAGGCCAUCUCGGCUACCGUCUAUUCGACCAACCUCACGCGCUCCAACUUGGAUCUACCAUGCCGCGAGAUGCGUGUACUGGACCACUACAUCUCGUACCGCAUCAACCGACGCCACCUUGCCACUCGAUCCUCGCUGCUGCUCAUCAACGACGAUCUCGAAUCCGACCAGAGACAAGUGUCGCAAGAUCUCUUCAAAUGGCUCCAGCCACAAACGUACAUGGAAGACGAGAUUGGCAAAGUGCUAAGCAGCUCAGAUCAGGGUUCUAACGGUGCUCGAUUUGAGGACAUGCUCGUAAGAUUCCACUUCACAAGGGCCGCCAUCACCCUCCCCUUUGCCGUCGAGUCGUCGUUGGUACAGUCUGCGACGUCGGCUCCCAGCACUGUGCGCAAAGAAUGUGUCAUGGUGGAGCGAUCCUCGAACGAGCCCGUCUUUAUCACCGCGCACAGGCUGGUCGAUCUUCUGAAGCGGCUCGUCUUUGUGCGGAAAGCAUACGGCGGCAAGUCGUGGUACGAGCUGGUCGGACAAGCUGGCUGA